AUGGCACGCCGACGUCGACAGUCUGACAGCCACAAUCCAGACAACAGCGUCUUUGCUUCUCAAGAUCUGGAAGAAACCUUUGCUAGUGCAGCCUGCGAGCAAUGUCGAAUCCGCAAAGUCCGAUGUGACAGACGAAUUCCACAGUGUUCGAAUUGUGAAAAAGCUGGUGUUCCAUGCAACUUUCCCAACCGGGAGAAACGGGUCAACCACGUCAAGAAACUCGUUGAGGAUGUCUCUGGACUGGCCUCGCGACUUGAUGGAAUCGAUCAGACUAUGAACAAAGUGAUUCAGCACUUGUCCGUUCUCCAGUCGACGCAUUCACGCUCUGCUACUAUCCCGUCUUCACGAUUGAGCAUGGGCUUGAAACCAGAAAGUCCUCUUGUCCCUGAUGCUGAAGAUAUGGAGUCGAUCUUCUACGCCAAAAGCCCUGCUGAGGCAAAGGGAAACAGUCCCAAGUCGCCGAAUAUCCAGCCGCGAGAUCAUAUUGCCACGAGAUUACUGUUCGAUGACUCGAGACGUACACUUGGAAUGCUGCUUGAACGCCUGAAGUAUUCCCCCGCUACCUGUGGUGUGUUUCACGCUGCCAAAGCAAGCGCGGUGGAAUUCGAGCUGCGGAUAAAAUAUGAGCUAUACCCGCAAUUUCCCCAGUCGAACCUACCUUUAUCAGCUGGUGAUGGACAGCUAGUUGCGCUGCCUCCUCGGUCUAUACUAGAGACGUGUAUCUCCGACUUCUUUGAAUAUGUCAACCCCACAACACCUUUAUUUAGCGAAUCUCAUUUGAGAGAAACCAUGGAUAUUUAUUAUGCCAAAGCCUGCAAGCUGGACGAAGCAUACAAUCUUUGUUUCAACAAUAUCAUUAUUUUGGCACUAGGUCUCAGGUCCCGGCUUGGACGCUUUGACAGAACCAAAAAGGACGGCAUGAGUCAUGACCUUUUACCUGCAUUUUUGAGCAACUCAUUUCGCGCGUUGCAGCACUUGAGUGUGUUUAUGCAACCGCGGCUGAUAUGCUGCCAGGCGCUAGCAACUCUGGUACGUCCCAUUCUCUUUCUUUACAAUCAACCAGGCACAUUGCUGAAGAAGGGUGUUAGGCCAUGGUGGCUCGAGAGUACCAUGAAAGCAAGGUGUUUGAUAUAA